ACAAAGCAAUGUGCAGGAGCUGACAGGGGAAAGAUCUGUAUUGUUUACAUACAGGUCUCUCCCCUGUCAGUGAUACACGGCAAUCGCAGGGUGCCGACGGGGAAUCACUGGCCGGGACCCAGUGACAGACAGGUGAGGCUUGCCAAUGGUGGUUCAGGUACCCUCUACCCGGAAAAGCAAAAUCACGUAUAUAUACGUGAUUUUGCACAGCCCUGCUGCCCUCCAUUGAGAAAUACUGUGUGAGCUGUGAUUGGUCACAGCUUAUCACAUGGUACAAGGCUGUUGUGAAUAGCCUUGUAACAUGUGACCUCUGUGAUCAUUCACAGAUUUCAC